AUGACACAUACACUCACAAACACGCACAGAUUCGACAUCAUAAAAAUCAUAUACGUGACUUUAUUUGCAACUUUAUCUGCUCAAUUUUUAAGACUUUGUGUUUACUCCAUUCAACACAAUCUUUAUUGGUGUGAUGAUGACAGAAAUUUAAACCAGCUGAGCUUUGAAUUGCACUUUUAA